AUGGUGGGGCAGCGGCUGCAAAAGUACAUCUCGAGUUGGGGCCUUGAUCCUGGCGAUGUGCCCAAAGUUAUCACAGUAUUUCUCGGUGCCAAGUACGUCACCCUCGGGGUGUUCGUCCUUGUGGGAACCAGAUUCCAGCCUUUGCGCCGGGUGUUUCCGAAAAGGCGAACCGUAACAUCAGCCUGGUCACAAGUCAAGAGUCGUUUGGCGGCGGGGCGGCCGCAAUCGACACCCGAAGAGGGUGGCUGGUAUGAGUGGGCCUCUGACAGAUACUGGCAGAUGUCUGACAAGAUACAAGCACGGCUGCAGACGAAUCGAUGGUGGAUGAGCCUGGCAGAAAGAACGGGACAGAACCCUACAAGACUUGUUCUCGGCGUUGCCGAAGGCACGCUUCUCUGCAAGCUAACAUAUCCGUUGUGGGGGCCUUUCGAGCUGUGGGCGAUAUUGUACACGCUCAAGCAACGCAGCCUUCAUGCUGCUCAUGGUUCUGAGGGCCCGGACGGUGACCUUAUGGAGCAGUACACGCAUGCCGCGGCUGCUGCGGAAGAUGCACAAGACCUGUCCCCCGGACCCUUGUGA